GAAGGCAGCGCCACUUCAGAUGAUUAGUUCAACCUUCUGUCAAUGUAGGUAAUAGUGAUAAUAUCUGUCCUGUAAUGAUAUAAGAAUACAGUUCGGAAUGGACGAAAUAUUAGAUGAAGUGGGUUCCCCAGAAGAACUCAAGAAAUUUGAAGCCAUAUACAAUCAACAAUUAGAAGAACAUAGUGUUACUACAGAUGCAACAUUUAAUUAUGCUUGGAGCUUAGUUCGUAGUCGUUAUGCAGCUGACAUACGAAAAGGAAUAUGCCUAUUAGAAACUAUUUUCAAUGAAGAUAGGGAGCAAACCAGAAGAGAUUGUGUUUAUUACUUAGCCAUAGGCUAUGCGAAGUUAAAGGAAUAUAGUAAAGCCCUGCAAUAUACCAAAGCUUUUUUAAAUUUAGAACCAGCAAACCUCCAAGUGCAAAGUUUAGAUAGUACCAUAAGGAAAAGAAUGGAGAAAGAGGGUCUUAUUGGUAUGGCACUGGCUGGAGGAGCUGUCUUAGCACUUGGAGGUCUUGUUACUUUGGGGUUAGCUUUGUCGAAAAAAUAACUUUUAAUUCUUACUGUGUUGUUUUUGUUUUGUUUGAAAACAGCAUGGUAAUUUAAAUAUAUAAAUAAAUACACCUUCGCAUUUUUUAUUUAUUUUUAUUUUAUUUUACACGGUUGUGUUAGAUGUGAUACUUAUGAAAGUCAUUUUAGUACAUAAUUUAUUAUACUAAUUUAGAUUAUAUUCAUUUUUUUCUUAACUAACUUAUGUUAUGAUUUAAAAUAUUCAAAUAAAAAAACUUUACAUAAUUUUUUUGUUCUGCUUUAUUUAUGUUUAGCACAAAAUAUUAUAUAUCAUUCCAUUCUCUCGGGACUGCCUGUUGGCACAUUAGAAAUUAAGCCACAAUGUAUUAUAUAUUGAAAUAAAUAAAAUAAUAAACUUGUCUGAAUUGAACAAAAAAUUUUAUAGUAUUUCUCUGUGAAUAAAUUUUGACAUUUCC